CCUGCUUCCACUCUACUACAAUCCUCACUCUUGAAGAAGAGAAAGAAUUUGAAAGAGAAAUUGAGAGCUCUCGUGUGUGGAACUCGAAAUAGAUAUAGAGAUAGAGAUAGAGAUGGCUUUGAGCAUCUCAGUGUCUUUCACACAAGUAAAUGAACAGCGUUGGACCUCAUCGCACACUCUCUUCAAACGCAAAGCAACCCUUUCCUUCACGACUGCUACUUCUGCUUCUGCUUCUACUUCAUAUUCGUUAACUGAACUCAGCGUGGGUGAAGAUUUACCUGCACAUUACGGUGAUUGGCUUCCCAAGCCUCACCCUCACCUUCGCAGAAGAGCCGGUAUUCUGCUCCAUCCGACGUCGUUUCGAGGACCCUACGGGAUUGGCGAUCUCGGAGACGAGGCCUUUCGUUUCCUCGAUUGGCUCCAUCACUCAGGUUGCUCCGUUUGGCAGGUGCUUCCUCUUGUGCCUCCUGGCAGAAAGGCUAACGAAGAGGGAUCCCCUUACUCGGGCCAGGAUGCAAAUUGUGGAAACACCCUCUUAAUCUCUCUUGAAGAGCUUGUUAAGGAUGGAUUGUUGCAAAAAGACGAGCUUCCAAAACCAAUUGAUGCGGAGCGCGUGGAUUUUUCAGUUGUUGCUGACCUUAAGGAUCCUUUGAUAGCUAAAGCUGCAGAGAGGCUCAUUUCAAGUGAAGGGGAACUCAAAACACAGCUUGAGACUUUUCGUAGGGACCCUAACAUAUCAAGUUGGCUUGAAGAUGCAGCUUAUUUUGCUGCUAUUGACAACAGUUUAAACACAUUCAGUUGGUACCAUUGGCCUGAACCUUUAAGAAACCGCCAUCUUGUAGCUCUAGAAAAUAUUUACCAACAAGAACAAGAUUUUAUAAAUGUAUUUAUUGCCCAACAGUUCUUGUUCCAAAGGCAAUGGCAGAAAGUGCGCAACUAUGCACAAAGUAGGGGAAUCAGGAUCAUGGGAGACAUGCCCAUAUAUGUUGGUUAUCAUAGUGCAGAUGUUUGGGCAAAUAAGAACCAGUUUUCACUGAACAGGAAAGGCUUUCCUCUUUUAGUUAGUGGUGUUCCUCCUGAUGCAUUCAGCGAAACCGGUCAGCUGUGGGGCAGCCCUCUGUAUGAUUGGAAAGCCAUGGAGAAAGAAGGAUACUCGUGGUGGAUACGUCGCAUACGACGUGCACAGAAUUUAUAUGACGAAUUUAGGAUUGACCACUUUAGAGGAUUAGCUGGAUUUUGGGCUGUUCCAGCUGAAGCAAAAGUAGCUAUGGUUGGAAAGUGGAAGGUAGGACCUGGAUUAUCCUUCUUUGAUGCCAUUUUCAGAGCUGUUGGAAGGAUUAAUAUUAUAGCAGAAGACUUGGGAGUUAUCACCGAGGAUGUAGUCCAACUAAGAAAAUCCAUUGGAGCACCUGGAAUGGCUGUUCUCCAGUUUGGGUUUGGUGGUGAUGCUGAUAAUCCUCAUUUGCCUCACAAUCACGAGGGCAAUCAGGUUGUCUAUACAGGGACCCAUGACAAUGACACGAUUGAAGGUUGGUGGGAAGCUUUGAAUCAAGAAGAGAAAUCAAAUGUAUUAAGUUAUCUUUCGUUAACCAAGGAAGAUGGCAUUUCCUGGGCGCUAAUCCGGACAGCACUGGCUUCUGUUGCUCAAACAGCAAUAAUACCUAUGCAAGAUGUUCUUGGACUGGGGAGUUCUGCCAGGAUGAAUAUUCCUGCAACUCAGUUUGGAAACUGGGGUUGGAGGAUUGCAAGUUCUGUGAGCUUUGACAGCCUGGAGAGAGAGGCAGCAAGACUUAAAGAGAUGCUUUCAGUCUAUGGCCGGCUUUGAAUAUGUAGUUUUUUAGUGUAAAGUUGAAGAGUUUUUUUGUAACGGCAGCUUAAGUGGAAAAUGCUGAGCCUAAAGUGUUUAUUCCCAAGUUACUAGAGGAGUAUAUACGAUGAUGAUCGAUCAAAGCUGGUUGCUUUUUGUUUGUCAACAAAUUUGAGAAAGUUAAAUGCUUCUAUGGAAAUUUGUAAUGAUAAUGCGAAUUUAUAGGACUUGCUUGUAUGAUUGACCCUUGGUGAAUUGACACCAUCACCCGAACCGUUUUAGAUUGUUUCAGAAAGAAGCAACCCUGCC